AGAGCAGUUUACGCAACGUCCUCUCGUUCAUUCAGCAGAAGGGAGGAAGGAGGCAGGAAGUCACGGUACCCGAACUAAUAACAGCCCAUCUGGACCCGGAGACAUGGCUUCAAAUAACGGCUCGGUCGGAAAAUGGGAGGUGGUGAAGAAAGGCAAGAAAAAUAGCAACAACUCCGGCGGAGGAGGCAAGAUAGCGGCCGACAAGAAAGCCAGCGGAGGAAGGAAAGCCCUGGGCGAAUCUAACCAGCCGUCCAGACCGCCCGUGAAGAUGUCAGAGAGUCUGUAUGACAGCUUGGAGAAGGUGGGAAAGAAGCAGAACAAGGAGCAGGUUCCUCCACCAUCCGAGCCUCAAAACAAGAAGCCCUCAUCAAGUAAACCACCCAAGAAGUCGUAUUCGAGCAAUACAACCUCUCCCACAACUUACAAAACCCUCGAGGAGGCGUUCAAAGCGCUGGAUGUUGCAGACCUGAAGCAGCAGUUGGCUCGCAGUCAGACCCUGUUUCCAGAAAACCCUUCGGUUUGGAUCAAAGACCUGGCUGGAUACCUCAACCUCCAUUUAACUGCCCAGGACACGGAGCCCACACUCAGCAGCCACCCUUAUGACUACCCAUACUGCCUUACAGGAAAAGAGCUGAGGGGCGUGAUCAAAGGCCUCAUCGGACGUUGCAGCAGCGCUCUGCCAGAUUUCUUCGACCACUGUGUUUACACUAUGCUCAGGGAGUUGGACAGGCAGUCAGGAGAACCUCUACAUGGCUACAGAGUUUGCAUUCAGGCAGUCCUGCAGGACAAACCCAAAAUAGCCACCCAAAAUCUGCCAGAGUAUUUGGAAAUGUUGCGGUCAGUUCAGAAUCGUCCAGUAAAGUGUUUGACCAUCAUGUGGGCUCUGGGCCAAGCAGGAUUUUAUGAUCUCAGCCAGGGUCUAAGAGGUAAUAAACACUUUUACACAGAGGCACACAAUAAUUAAAAUAUUUUACAUUACCGCAUAUCCAUAAAGCCCAAAACUGCUCUGAACAAACUUCAUUCAAACCUGACAAAAGGAUUUGGUAUUAUGGGUCCGAAAGAGUUCUUUCCUUUGCUCGAUUUUGCUUUCAUGCCAAAGAACGCCCUGUCAUCAAGUCUGCAGGAGCAGCUGAGGCGUUUGUAUCCUCGACUGAAGGUCCUCGCAUUUGGAGCCAAGCCAGAGAACACAUUGCACACGUACCUGCCGUCAUUUCUGUCCAGAGCCACGCCACACUGUCCUGACGACAUGAAGAGAGAGCUGCUCAGCAGUAUGACUGAGUGUCUGUGUGUGGAUGUUCAGAGUUUAGGAGUGUGGAGGCAGCUCUACACCAAACACCUACCCCAGUCCAGUUUACUUUUGAACCACUUAUUAAAGUCCUGGAACAUCCUUCCACCAAAGCUUAGCAAGAAACAAGAGCAAACGAACCAGUCAUUUAGAGUGACCAACGAAGAAAUGAGAGACACCAUUGAAUCUCAUGACCUUCAGGAGUGCAACAGCCUGUGCCAGAAUCUGCAGGUAAAGAUGCGUGGUCACGGGUUCCCCUGGUCCAAGCUGCUCCUGGUUUUGCUCGUGUUUGUUGCCGGCUUCAUCGCCCAUGACGUCAGAUCAAACGGCUCUGUCGCAGAUUCCAUCACAGCCAGGUAUCUGCACUCCUCAGGGAUCACAGCUGUAUCUCAGCAGGCCUGGAGCAAAAUAACAGUCUACUCAAAGCAGGGCUUCAGCUGGUUGGAGACAAACACUCCUUAUUAUUACUCUGAGUGUGUCCGGGUUUUGGGUCCAGUAACAGAACAAGGUUUGGAAAAGGCAAAGUCAGCAGCUGUCUUCAUCUCUGAAAACACCUCACGGUUUAUUGUCUGGGUUAAAGAAACCACACCUCUUGUCAUAGAAUGGGUGAACACCAACACCCCAGAGAGUGUGUUCCAAGCUCUGGCAUAUUUGAAGGAGCUCCUCAUCUUCCUACAUCAAAACUACAUCCUGCCAGCGCUGGCGUACACAUCUAACCUGCUACAGAGAGCAUGGGCCAACUUAGAGGACUCUUGCAAUGGGGAGGUGUCUGUAUCAUGUCUGCAGGGCCACGCCUUGUCCUUUACCAACUCGACGUGGCAGCUACUCCAACACACGACCUCGGCAAUCAAGACAUGGGCCCAGGAUUUGCUCACUCGAGCGGGAUAACGCAAUACACACACAAUAUGCACACAGGAAGCUAAACACACCAACACACACACUCUGGCCCAGCGUGAGUCUGUCAUGUCCUUUGUGACGCAAGUGGAUGCCGCAGGGUCAGAGGGAAACAAGCUCACUCAAAAAAGACCCUUUUUGUCUCUUAUUUUGGUUAAAUUUUAAAAUCAGUUUGGUGUUGUUUAGAUGUUUGUUUUUUUCUAUCAGCCUUUUUGUCACUGCUGGAUACGGAGGUCGUACCCUUCUUUCUCUCUCCCUGAGUUUUAUACUGCAAAUUUCAGCCACUGCUUGAGCCUCUGGGUUAAGCAGGUUCUGUAAUUUAUAGAAAAUAUAGGUUUGUAGAUGAUUUAUAAAACGUUUUUAUUUAAAUAUAAUAAAAAAAAAAAAGUGUUGUGAAAGUUGGUAAAGGUGGAGAACAUGUCAGAAACGUCUCCAAGCCACUGAAAAUCUCAUCAGAGGGUCAAGUCAUCUUUAACACCUGGUCCUGUGUGUGCAAACCCUUUGUCAUACCUAACUAGGGAGUUGUGUCUCCGGGUGGAUUUGCUCGUCCUGAGCACGGUCGUAAACACAGUCUUCUCACAUCAGUCCAGAAGAAAAAAAUCUGUGUGUCUCGUCUCUGCUGCUUUGUUUCUGUCCCGUUUUCUAAUGCUUCACCUACCAGCAGAAGCUUCUCGCCCGAGCUGCGAGAAGCACCGACAUCAUGUACCUGAAGGUCAAUGCGUUUCUGUGUUUGUGUCUGCGUGGAUCAGUGAUGCCAGCGUUGUCAUCCUGUAUGCUGUAAUCUGAGAAAUGCCCUCCUCUGGACAUUUUACUUAACUAACCCCCCCACCCUGUGAACAAGAUGAUAUGGAAGAGACUAAUGUCUUACUUUGUAAUGUAAAUGAUUUGUAAUAAAGACUCCAACCCCA